GAGCGGGCGGCGGUUAGUACGCAGGGCCGGCUGCCGGCGUGGGACCGCGGAGGGCGGGAAGGCGCUUGACUCAGCGUUGGCACGGUUUCCUACAUCUAAAAUAGAGGCCGAGUUAGAGUACCCUUCCAAAAUGGCUGCUCUUAAGGAAGAGAGAGAUGUGGAAGACUACAAGAGGAAAGGGAGACGAUCCUCACAGGGUCAUGAGCCAAAGGAGCCAGAGCAGUUGAGAAAGCUGUUCAUUGGAGGUCUGAGCUUUGAAACAACAGAUGAUAGCUUGAGAGAGCACUUUGAAAAAUGGGGCACACUCACGGACUGUGUGGUGAUGAGAGACCCACAAACAAAACGUUCCAGAGGCUUUGGCUUUGUGACUUACUCUUGUGUGGAGGAGGUGGAUGCUGCUAUGAGUGCUCGACCACAUAAGGUUGAUGGACGCGUGGUUGAACCAAAGAGAGCAGUUUCAAGGGAGGAUUCUGUAAAGCCUGGCGCACAUCUCACAGUAAAGAAAAUAUUUGUUGGUGGAAUUAAAGAAGAUACAGAAGAAUAUAAUCUAAGAGAGUACUUUGAAAAAUAUGGCAAGAUUGAAACCAUAGAAGUCAUGGAAGACAGGCAAAGUGGAAAGAAAAGAGGCUUCGCUUUUGUAACUUUUGAUGAUCAUGAUACAGUUGAUAAAAUCGUUGUUCAGAAAUACCAUACUAUAAAUGGACAUAACUGUGAAGUUAAAAAAGCACUCUCAAAACAAGAGAUGCAGACUGCUAGCUCUCAGAGAGGUCGCGGAGGUGGCUCAGGAAACUUCAUGGGUCGUGGAAACUUUGGAGGUGGUGGAGGGAACUUUGGCCGAGGAGGAAACUUUGGUGGAAGAGGAGGCUAUGGGGGUGGUGGUGGCGGUGGUGGAAGCAGAGGAAGCUUUGGGGGUGGUGACGGAUACAAUGGAUUUGGUGAUGGUGGCAACUAUGGAGGUGGUCCUGGCUAUGGUAGCAGAGGUGGUUAUGGUGGUGGUGGAGGACCAGGAUAUGGAAACCCAGGUGGUGGAUAUGGUGGUGGAGGAGGAGGAUAUGAUGGCUACAAUGAAGGAGGAAAUUUUGGUGGUGGUAAUUAUGGUGGAAGUGGGAACUACAAUGAUUUUGGAAAUUACAGUGGACAACAGCAGUCUAACUAUGGUCCCAUGAAAGGUGGUGGCAGCUUUGGUGGCAGAAGUUCAGGCAGUCCCUAUGGUGGUGGUUAUGGAUCUGGAAGUGGAAGUGGGGGCUAUGGUGGUAGACGAUUCUAAAAAUGCUACCAGAAAAAGGGCUACAGUUCUUAGCAGGAGAGAGAGCGAGGAGUUGUCAGGAAAGCUGCAGGUUACUUUGAGACAGUCGUCCCAAAUGCAUUAGAGGAACUGUAAAAUCUGCCACAGAAGGAACGAUGAUCCAUAGUCAGAAAAGUUACUGCAGCUUAAACAGGAAACCCUUCUUGUUCAGGACUGUCAUAGCCACAGUUUGCAAAAAGUGCAGCUAUUGAUUCAUGCAAUGUAGUGUCAAUUAGAUGUACAUUCCUGAGGUCUUUAUCUGUUGUAGCUUUGUCUUUUCUUUUUUCUUUUUAUUUUCCCAUUACAUCAGGUAUAUUGCCCUGUAAAUUGUGGUAGUGGUACCAGGAAUAAACAAAUUAAGGAAUUUUUAACUUUUCAGUAUUUGUGUAGUUCAGUUUUUCCACAUUUAGUACAGAGAACUCUUAUAACAGAAAUAAAAUGUAGUCUAGGGUGUUUCCUUGUUAGAUAAUAGAGAGGAUAAAUGCAUUUCUCAAUUACUAUUUUGUAUUAAUUUAACAAUAGAAACACCUAUUGAUUUGCAGUCUUAAAGGGUCUAGUCUCAGUGUAUAUAUGUAACUGUCAAUGACAUGAGUUACAUAGCCAUACAGAGGGAAAACAUCUGUAUGUUGCAUUAUAGUUUGUUUUAGAUGUAUACCUAGGAUUGAGUUACUCAAAUUAGUGUUUGUGAAUUAUAGAACUAAGCUUUACCUUAAUGAAAACUUCAAAUUACUUUUUGGUUUGUGCAUAUUUUUUAAUUUGUAGUUCUGUAUUAGUACUAGCGCUUCAAGAAAAUAAGGCAUGAUAAAUAUUUUAACAAGACCAACUUUAGACACAUUAAAGCUGUCUCCCGUCUCAUUUGAGAUGUACAAGGGAUAACUGCAGUUGCUUAAGUCUUGGGUGAAGACAAAAAGAAACUUGCUUUUUACCUUUAUAUUUAUUGUAAUUCCCGAGAAGUUAAGGUGGGGGGAAUCAAGUGCCUGUUUCCUUGGGAUAUACAAUGAUUCUGUUUCAAUAAAACUAUACUUCGGGGAGGGUGGCUUGGAAUUUUCAUCCCCUUCCUUUGGUCCCCAUUUCCCUUUCCCUCACACCAGACUGCGCUGUUUCAAUUAAAUGAGGCGUCAUAGUGACAGUAAUAGGUAUGUUCCUCAAUGACUUUUAAUGGCUAUAUACUUUCUUGCAUGCACCCUAGGCAAUUUUCUGGACACAUUCUUCUGACUGGGAGCCAAGGGUAGCACAGGUGUAAUCACUGACAGUCCCAGGUAAUGCGUUCCAAAAGCCCAUUCACCAUGGGCUGUAAGUAGUAUAGUUUUCAAGCUUCUCCCCUUGCAAAUGUCUGCACUCAGCUAAGAGCUCAAAAAUAAAACACUGUCUAGAUGUAUUUUACUGACUAGAAACACUUCCCACAAUGUAGAAUGGUACAGUCUUGAGUUUCCACAGACAGAACGAUAGCGUGUUACAAUUUUAUUUGAUGCACUGGAGUAGCAAAUCUUAUCAGCACAUAUGGCUAGAAAUUGUACUUCAUUCUCGCUUCUGACAUCCAAAUUACAGCACUGCAGUCUGUCCUUUUCUCAUCUGAUGUAAAUUCUCUCAAGUGUUGCUGGCACAGUGCUUUCUAUCCGUUCAGACUCAGAGGAGUAGGGACUCAGUCAAUAGAAGAAAUACUCAGACACUUGACAACAUGUAUUGGCGUUACUCACACUUGGUUUCACUGCUGGGUUGGUCAAUGUGCAGUAUAAGGUAAAUGCAAUUCCAGUGUAGGAAUGAAUCUGCAAAGAUGUAUGAAAUACUCAAGGCAUAAUCAGUCAUAUUAAUAAUGAAUUAUUUUAAGAAAUACUAGAAAAAUGAGUGUGUUGUUUGGAAAAAAAUUAAACAAUGUUAUUUAAACACUGUUAUUGGAGUGUAUUUAGACUGCAGUACACUAAAACAAGGAACAUGUGUCAAGAUGGUAGCCUCCAAACUGGAUUUCAAAGUCUGUUUCUUAUUUUCUGUGGAGUUUUAAAAAUCUCUCAAAAGUUAAAGUGAUAUAGUGAACAUUUCUGUUGUACAUACAAUUUGGGUUUGGGACUGGGGGGAGGCUGUAUUUCAAUAAAGGUAUAUUUUAAACAACCCAUUUGGAGUUUGAAAACAAUGGAAACUAAACCACAACUCACUAGGGAGUGAGCCACCUAACUAUUGACUUGCUUUGUACAUUACUACAAUUAGAAGAUGUGUAGACUUGUACAUGGGGAAUGCAUCUGAUUGCAGGGACAACUGGAGGAUGGGGUUGAUUGAUGUCCCUCUGACAUUUGAUCUGAUAUUUCUAAAUUUUAGAAUGUAUUGACAGUGUUCUUUUUAACAGGGCCUCUUGUAGCUGUACUGUGACAACAAUGUUAACUUUGAAAAAUAGUGUCAUAAUAAACUUUAUGAACAAGAUCUGUAUGCAACCUUUUAAGAGAUGGAUGUUGAAUGAGAAGCUGCUGCUUGACAAAAUGGGGAAUGUCUUGCACAUCCUCUUCAACUGAAGGUUUCUGACUGGGUACAAAACUGCUGUGCAUCUGAGAUCAGCAACACAGAAAUGAAAAACGUUUUGAAACGUGCUGUAGUUACCAUGGGGAGUGUUCUGGGUUGGGGUGGGGGAAAUAGUUCAUUAUCUUCAAGGAGAAAGCAACGCCUUACAGAAACCUGGAAAAGUGAAGACCUGGAAGCAGUUGGACACAGUUCUCAGUAGUGUGUAAUGCACUGUUGCUGCAACAAUUCUGUAAGGCAUUCUGCAUUACAGCGGUGGUUCCCCUCCUAAAAUUCAGUCUUUUACUUACCCGUGGAAAUGGAAGAGCUGCCUUUUUGGUGCUUUCAGGCGGGGUAGUUAGUGGAGGCAAGUACUGUCACGUAAUGCCCAGCUGAAAGCACCACUGCCCUUACAGGGGAUUGGCAGUGAAAACUUCCAUGGAAUCUGCAUUUUAUGUACACUGGUUCUUAACUCUUGGAACAUAUAAUUUCUUUCCUGCAUACAUGAUUGUUACAGGUCCAGGAUGCUUUAACUUCUCUUUAGUAGUCUUGUACCUAUUUAAACUUGCUUAGACUUGGAAAUGGUGCUGGUUUUGUGAGGUCAGUUUCUGUUCUAGUGUCAGUAACUGAAAUUCAGAAAAAGUCGGAGACUCUGCAUUUCAGUUCAGCUCAGGGCUUUAGGCUUGUUCAGUCUGAUUCUCAUGUUUGAACUUGUUUCCUGCUGUCUGUAAGCAUCCAGAACACAAACUUGACAUUGCUAACUGAAAGUCCACUUGGAAGAAAUUUACAGUGGUAAUGCUGAGGUUGGAAAUAUCAGUGGCUUUUGUUUUUUUAAGUUAACAAAUGUUUUUUGCUUAGCCAAGGUUGAGCUGAAACUCGAAAAUGCUGCAGUAAAGCCAGUCUAGUGUAGGAAGCUAGAUAGCUUGAUGCUGAGGAGUAAAACCUCUGCUCUGCUGGGCACAGUUGUCUUGUGAGCUCAUCUAGGCAGGUAGGUAUGCAGCAACAGGUAAUGGGGAACAAUGUCUCAGGAUUACUUGGUUGAAAGCACAUGAUUUUGUACUUGGGGAGGGAGAAUGCUACAGGGUUUUCAACAGUAAAAUCUUGACUGCUCUAACAAGAACUCCACCUUGUUCUAUAGUUCCUAUGCCUAGGUCUGUGUAUAGAGCAAAGCUCUACUUCUCUCUAACAGGAGAGGAUUCUACAAUGCUGCAGACUUGGGUCUUCUGUGUGCUGUAUAGAACUAGGAAUUCGCUUGAUAGUAUUGUUUUCACACUUGGAUUUUUAACACUUUUUGUUAGACUAAUUAGCUUAAUUAUACUCCAGUUUGUUCAGAAAUUAACCUUGUCAGAGGUAAAUACACCUGAAAGGUCAAGUGUAUCUUUGUCGAAGAGGCACUUCCAAGAGUUAAGAAUGUUGGUUCUUCUAUAGUGGCUGCUAUUGAAAAUGGUAACUAAACAGAGAUGGAGAGGCACCAUUAACAGAUUAUUGAUCCCCAGGCUGCAGUUCUGCAGAAGUUUCAUUUGGUACCUGAACCUGUGUGUUAACCUAAAAGCAAAUGCUACUUCCAGGUAGCAACGGUGUCUUUCCCCAAAAGGGUCGUAGGUUGUCAUAAGUGUUUUGUUACUAAGGAAUGUUGAAAUUAAAACAGCAUCUUAACUGUGAUUUCACUUAAACAUUUAAGGCUGGAAGGGGAAUACUCCUGGUCUUUCAAGCGUUGAUAGUGUGAUGUACUCACUUGCUGUCUUUGGUUCCUGUGUUUAAGACAUGACCAUGUUUUCAUACAUUGUCUACGCCGCAGUGGAAUAUUCACUUACAUAUCAGUCUGUGGUCUCUGACAAGUGUUUAUAUCUUAAACUGUGUGGAGCAUGAAAGAUCUUGAGUGUCACUAAAAUUCAGCUAUCUGAUGGAUGAUUCUUUUUCUGCUGUGGGUGCUACAGGUUGACAUCUCUGUCUAAGAUUAGCUUUUUCCUGAACUAAAGUAAUCCAAGUAUCUCCGUAGAAGAAAAAUGGCCUUCAUGUAGAAGACAAUAUCGCAAGAUUGGAAACAGAAUAAUCUGUUAUAAUAGCUGGCAAAGACUUGAAGAGGAGUGGUACUAGUGUGCUGAAAUCUUAGAACUUGUGGUUAAACGAGUUUAAAAACAGCAUGGAAAUUUAAAAUUUCAGUAUAAUCCAUAAUGGAUUGGAAUGUGUUAAAAUGCUGAAAUUUUGUAUCAGAAUACAAGUGUAUAUUGUCAAUUGACUUACAAUCUGAAAUCAGUUGCCAUCACCUGGUGUUUCUUUUAGUGCUCUGAGGAGCGGUCUUAAGUUAUUACAACACAUUAUCGUCCAGGAAUCAUCUUUAUGGCUAAGGACUGCCAAGUCAGAUCGUCUUGGUUCAGCUCAGCUUUACUGUUAAUAGUUUUAAAACUGAAUGUUUCGAUCGAGAAAUACUAAAUGGUCUUUGCAUGAUGACUUGUCAGCGUAUCAGUGUCACUGAGUCGCUCAGAGGUUUGCAAAUGUACUCUGUACCUCAGUAAUAAUAAAGUUAAGGUGAUCUUUUGCAACACA